CGGCUUUAAAAUGUACUUGCUCAGGAACACACGCUCAUUUUCUACAGCGCUCGACGAGAUGCUCUUGUGCGCCGUCACGAGUACGUCCAGGUAGAAGAGCGCAAAAGAAAAUUAACAUUUAAUUUUCCCCGGGUUUUCCAAGAAACUUAAUUGGGACAGGGCCAAACAGAGAAAGUAUGUUGGCUGAAGGAAAGUUCAGGCAACGACUACGAAUGCAUUGAUUUGUGGAUAGGCGUACAUGUGAAAGCACCUCUCCAUUCCGGAAUGACGAGGUUUAUUGUGACAUUGCUUAAAACAGUGACAUUUCUCACGAUGUAUCUCAAUGAAUGCUUUGCCAGCCAGCCAGCCACCAUCACUGUCCAGGCUUUUGUUGGAGAAAAAGUCCUUUUACCCUGUCAAUGCAAAAAAGGGGAUACAUUGUAUUGGCAGACACAGAAAGACAAAAAGGACAUAGUUAUCCGUUCUUAUGGCAAGAAUGGCUCUACAUCCCAUGCUGAAUACACAAACAGGACUACCAUCUCUCCACAUAAGGAGAAAGGAAACUGCUCCUUACUCUUGUUUGAAGUUACUGUGGCAGACCAGCGAGAAUACACCUGUCAUGUUAAUACAAAACCUCUUCGCACAUGGAAGAUCAACCUUAACGUUGUGGCAAAUUAUUCUUCAGUUAAUUGUACUUUCAACAACAUGGUUUACCACUGUAUGGCAAGCGGUGGAUACCCAGAAGGCAAAAUCUAUUGGGAGCAAGAUAACCAGCGUACAGUCAACCAUACUACGUCCAGCCAUGUGGAUACUUCCUCCCUGCUCUACACUUUGAGGAGUACUCUGGAGGUGUUUCAUACAACAAGUGUGGCGUGUGUUGUUGAGAAACCCGGUCAGAUCAUCACUGCAAACUGCAUUCAGGAUUCAGCUCCUCAAAUUGGUAAUGACAGCAAAAAAAACAGUGUCGUCGUGGGGUUAUGUGUCAUCAUUACGUUAGCGGUGGUGCUUUCUGUGGUUGUGGUAGUCUUGCACUGUCGAAAACGUGAGAAUAAUACCUCAAACACGGGGAAUGCUGAGGACGACGAGGAGGAGGCUGAAUUGUACUGAACAUGGAAAGGAGGGACUGAACAUGGAAAAUAAGGAAUUGUCCUGACAUGAACUGCCCUUAAUUACUGUGAUAUAUUGUGUGUGUGUGUGUGUGUGUGUGUGUGUGUGUAAAGACAUUUAUACAAUGUAACUGAAGUAUGCAGAUAGUAUGAACCUUACCAACUUACCAAACCUUAUCAUUUUUUAGUACAGAAUCAGGCCCUUUCUAUAUUCCCAUGUGUAAUGGACCACACUCUGUUGCAUAGUGCAUUUCAGAAUAUACUCAGAACAAUCUCUAAGCUUCUCGAGGAUUGCGUUUCAUCAGAAGUAAAUGACAGAAUUCCUCAGUGCCAUCUAUGAUCCCAAGUUGGAAUGCAUGUACCUCCCUCAGUCUACUCUGAACAAGUUCUGAUCUUAACCUUCCGGAUUCCAUCCUAACCAUCACUUGUGAAAAAGCAAUGAUUUGUGGAGUUGAGGAAUCAUUGAUCUGCUUAAUACACAUUCUUGUGUUCUGUGAAUUUUUGUGUGUGAAGGUUUUGUUAAUACUAACAUACAUCACAACUCUAUGUACCGAUUUUAUAUUAUUUGCUUAUAAUAAAACAUGUCAACUUUA